UAAGAACAAACGCUACAUCUGCCACUAUAUAAGGCAGCUGUUUGGUUUGAUAGAAGUAUAGUUCAAAUCUGAUCAGCUCCAAGGAACAAGUUCAAAACAACCAUCCAAAAAUGAAAUUCUUCAUCGUUGCUCUGGCUCUGAUUGCCGUGGCUGCCGCGAGGCCACAGGACGACAAGUACACUACCAAAUACGACAGCAUCGACAUCGAUGAGAUCCUGAAGUCGGACCGUUUGUUCAAGAACUACUUCAACUGCCUGAUGGACACUGGAGCUUGCACGCCAGAAGGUAACGAACUUAAGCGUGUCCUGCCUGAUGCCCUGGAAAACAACUGCUCCAAGUGUAGCGAGAAGCAGCAAACAUCUAGCACCAAGAUCAUCAAAUUCCUGACCGAGAACAAGCCAGAGGAAUGGACCAUGCUGAAGGCAAAGUACGAUCCAGACAACAAAUACGUCGCAAAAUACGUCGCCGAUGCCGACAAGAAAGGAAUCAAGCUGUAAAUUCAUUUAUCGUGUCUGAAAUGUUGAAACAUAUUUACAAAACGCAAAGAUUAUUCACAAACAGAAUCCGUUUUCGAAACAAAACUGACUCUUAUGUAAAUUAGAAACCUUCAAAAUAAACUGUUCCGGAACCCUCAA